AAGGCAUUAUUUCACACCCCCAAUUUUAUAUUUCAUUUUCACCCUGUGCGAAAUUUUUCCUCCUGAAAAAGAAAAGUUCCCGUCGCCCAUUCAGAUCAACAGCCGUAAACCUAGGGUUCCGGUGAAGUAAACCUAGGGUUCCGGUGAAGGUGAAACCAUGUGGAGACGAGCCUCUGCUAAGCUCUUAGCACUCCGACCUGUUGCCAGACCUAAUCGUAUCGUUAGGUCUUCGCUAUCUCCAGCGACUCUUCGGUCAUCCCCGACUGUUAUCGCUCGUCACUAUUCAGGUCUAUUCGGUACCAAGCAUGGGUUGAGAUUUUCAACUAGUGUACCCAAUGAUCCGGAUACACAUGAUGAUUUCAAGCCCACAAAUAAGCUUGAAAAUUCUCAACUUACCCUAAAAGACAUUGUUGAGCAGGAUGUGAAGGACAACCAUGUGAUGAUUUACAUGAAAGGGGAUCCAGAACAACCCCGUUGUGGAUUCAGCUCAUUAGCAGUCAGAGUGUUGAGUGAAUAUCGUGUUCCUAUACAUUCUAGAAACAUAUUGGAAGAUCCUGAACUUAAGAAUGCUGUAAAAUCUUUCAGCAUGUGGCCAACAUUUCCACAGAUAUUUAUCAAUGGAGAAUUCAUAGGAGGAUCAGACAUUAUCCUGAAUAUGCAUCAGAAUGGUGAACUGAAGGAGAAGAUAAAGGCAACUCCCUCCGAAUAGAGGAAUUUGGAAUUUUAUGAAGUAGUAGUCAUUGUUCUUGUUAAGGUGAAAAGUAAUUUUGCACAUUCGAACGGUGAAAUUACUACUUACGAAUUUUUAUUUCUAUUUGUGCCUGCACAAUACAAAUAAAACAAACCGUGAACUGCAAACGAGAAUUGAAAAUGAAAGUAAAAGACUAUAACUACUUAAACACAAUAGCUCAAGCGCAUAAUCUCCUCGGCAACGGCGCCAAAUUUUGAUCGAGGUCGUUGUCUCAAUCAAAAAUAACCUCAAAACCACUAGAUAGCUAGGGUAAGUAAAAGUCGAAUCCACGAGGAGUUUGUGGUCAAACUUUGUGUGAAAAUAGUCAACAAAAAUAUAUUAUUGGCAAUUGUCACGAAAAAGAUUAAAUCAAUGAUCAAAUAAAAAGCUUGGAAAUUUAUUAAUUAAAACAAAAAUGUCAAUGAGAAAACUAGAGUACUCCC